AUGGCAUUGUUUCGAGCUUCCAAGACCAUCAAUCUCAGCACUGGCCACAUAUACGCAUAUCUCUACCACCGAGCGUCGCAAAGCAGUAGUCUUCCAACUCUAUUGUUUCUCCACGGCUUUCCUAGCAGCGCCUAUGAUUUUCGCUACCAGGUGGAUUACUUCGCGCCGAAGGGUUAUGGCGUCCUGGUUCCUGACCUGCUAGGUUAUGGCGGUACCUCACAACCCAUCGACGUGCAGAAAUAUAGCAUGACAAAGAUGGCCCGGGAGAUCGUCGAGAUCCUUGACCACGAGGGGAUGUCCAGCGUGGUCGGCAUUUCGCACGAUUGGGGCUCUGCACUUCUCUCGACGCUGCUGCGACAGCACCAUCAACGAUUUGAUGCCUUUGUCUUCAUGGCGACGUAUUACGGCGCGGCUCAUCCUUAUUCGAGCGACAGUGUCUAUGAUUAUGGGAAGCUGAAGGCCAUGGCAUUUGAGAAGUUUGGGUUCAACGCAUUCGGGCAUACGAUGUUCCUGGGUGAUUCCGAGAGGGCAGGGAAGUUGCUGGACGACAAUAUCGAAAGCUUCUACGAUCUUGUCUGGGCCAAGGACCAGGAACUUUGGAAGUCGUAUUUCAGACGAGAAGGUGGGAUUGAGGAGUGGGUUACAAAGGGGAAGAGGGGAGAUGUUGCAGCUUGGGUGGGCGAUGAAGAGGACGAGCGAAGGAAGAUCAUCGAAUCUUGGAGGAUGGGGAAUGGUUUUACGCCAAAGUGUAUGUGGUACAAGCAGUUGUUGGACGGCGUCUCGGUGGCAGACGAGCCGGGUAAGUCGAAUUCAACUACUAAGUAUCUCACCUCUCAUGAGGCAAGAGGGCUGACGGAAUGGAUGUAUGCAGCGGACGAUUCGAAAGAGCCAUUGAAGAUCUCACAGCCAAUCCUGUUGAUGAUUGAGCAAAAGGACGUUAAAGGUAGGGGAGAGGGAGCAGAGCAAACUGCCCAAGAAGUUUCAGAACAGGUCUAUGUCGAAAAGUGCGACACCUAUCACUUUAUGAUGCUCGAAGAUUCCAGGGGAACAAAUGAAAAGCUUGAGAGAUUUUUCAAUCAGCAAUUGGGGAGAUCUGAUGGUGCCCAUUGA